UUCAUUCCUUCUUUAUUUUUUUAUGUUUACAAUUUUAUAUAUUUUUCAAAGUUAAAUCGAUUAAAUUGAGCAGAUUAAAUUAAUUCAUUAAAUAUAUCGCCGGUUUAUUAAGUGGCAAUCUUGAUCAUAUAUUAUUCUUAUCUUUAAUGUUCUGUAACAAGUGUUAAUAAUUAAAUAGUGCAACGAAUAAGCCUAUUUUGAAAUUAAAAAUGUUUUUCAUCAUGAAAUGAUAAAAAAUAAUAAGUUCACGAAUGUUAUUUCCAUUUAUAAAAGUUACUUCCAUUUUAUUGCAGUGUCAUUACGUCACGAGAGUAGCUUAGAUAUACUACUACCGUAUAUGUAAUGUAACAGACAAGAAUAUAUAGCUUAUAUUUUUUUUCUUUAGACAUUAUCUCAACAUUUAAAAUAAUUGUUGCAUUAUAAAUUCAGUGCAAUUGAUUGACAUCAAAGUUACAGGUUAUGUUUAUUGAAAGAAUCACAAUUAAAAGAUAAAUAUAGGUAUAAUCAAAAGAAACCUAUUUAUAUUAUACAAUCGGAUUGUGAUAAUCAUUUUGUUUUGCAUUACUUUUCUUUUCUUUUUCAUUUCAAAAAGUCCGCCUUUUUGUCAAUUCGAUUAAAUUAUCUUACAAGCUUGUAUAGGUCACAUGAUACAUGAGAAUGCAAUUUUCAGAACCUGUCUAUUAAUUUAUUCCUUUCUCUUUCUUUCCUUUGAACAUACGAUCAUCCGUAAUAUUUCAUAUAGAUGACAGGAGAAUAAGUAGGGAGAAGGAAUAGAAACUUAGAUCUCUAAAGAACAUUGUCAUUUUUAUCGCGAUGGCAUUAUCUCGGAUAAGUCGCUGUUCCGAUUUGUUAACUACAUUUAAUCGUAACUUGCAGCCAGUUGGCAUAGCAAGUUAUCCGUUCAAUGAGGUACAAUUCAAACGUCGUGAAACAGUACCAAGAAGCCAAAUGAAGAUUUUACACGUAACGAGCAUACGUCGUUAUCCUGAUGCACCGACUUUGCCACUUCCCAAUAAUGUUUCGGAAAUAUUUGCGAACGAGACAGGUCGAUUCACCCCGGAACGAACAAGGGACAUAGCAAGUCCGAUUUUGAUUUAUGGUGCGAACAGAGUCAGCGCCAACAACAAUAACUCAUUCUCGUUCUCGUCCUUUAGCGACAAGGAAGUAACGUUCAACGAACAAAGAAAUUUCUCGAUCGUACGCGAGGACACGCACAUAGAUUCGUACGAUUGUUCAGGCGCUAUUAGUUUAAAUGGUAGCAUGCAAAGUAACGUGCCAAAACCUUUCUGUUCAACUGGCAAAUCGACUCAUUUCAAUAUGCCAGGUGGACAGUGGGCUAAGGAUAGUAAAUAUAUUGCUGAAGAUAUGCAAAAAUCACAUUACAGGCUUACCAGCAUUAAUAUUUUAUCAUCCGAUCGAGUUAAGAAUGGUAUCAUGAACGAAGCCAUUUUAAUGAGUACACUCCACAAUAAAUUGUUACAUCCAAUUUAUAUUGAUCUUAUGAGAUACUCAACAAAUGCUUCAACACCGCUGAAUACUACUAAUUCGGAAGAUAAGAUAAAAAAGAAAAUAAUAGCGACUAAAAGAGAAAGAUUUAAAAUGAUCGUAAAAGAUUAUGGGAAAGUUGUUUUUGUAUUUCACGUCACCAUUUCGCUAAUGUCACUUGGCUUCUUUUAUACGGCUGUUAUUAGUGGAAUAGAUCUAAUGCCUUAUAUUGAAACAGUUUAUAAUACCGAGAACGAAAAAGUUAUGAAAAUUUUGAACGACUCAUCUGGAUUUUUAUUGGCAUAUACAAUUCACAAAAUGUUAGCGCCAAUACGAUUAUCUAUUACUUGCGCUAUAACGCCAUGGCUCGUAUUAUACUUACGAAAAAAGGGCAUUUUAAAGCGACCAGUGCCGAAAAAAACAGGAUAAAUUUUCACUUAAAGUUUAACCGAUAUAAAAAUUAAAAGGAAUAAUAGUUUCUACGAUGUUUAUACAUAAGUAUCGGCAGCUUUAUUAAGUUCGACAUAUAAAAUUAAAACUUCCAUGAGUAUUGUAUAAUAUGCAUGCGACACGUGGUUCUCGUUCAAGUAAGAACGAAAUAAAUUUUUGUACCUGUGCGAAUAAAUAUCGCGCAUAUUUAAGAGUGUAAAUGGAUGUUAUAAAUUUAUAUCCGUAUAAAAAUUUAUCGUAUAUUAAAUAUAUAUAUGUAUAUAUAUAUAUAUAUAUGUAUAUAUAUAUAUGUAUAUAUGUAUAUAUAUAUGUAUAUAUAUAUAUAUGUAUAUAUAUAUAUGUAUAUAUAUAUAUAUAUAUAUAGUAUAUAUAUAUAUAAUUGUUUGUAUACAUCCAUCUCAUUCACUAUCAAAUAAAGUAUAUAAUAUAUUUAGCAGUAUAAUAAUCCUGCACUUUACGCGUAUUUUACGUACAAUACUUAAUACUCUAACAGCAAGCAAACAUGCGAUUCUCUCUUUGCAAGUCAUACAUAUUAUCAGCGUGAGAAUAGAACUUGCGUAACGUACAUACGUAAGAGUUCGGCAGUUUUCAAUGGACGAAUUAGUACAGUUUGGAACAUUGUGAUUAAACUUGAUUCUCAAGAAUGAUCUUGAUAUCAAGCAAAAUUCGUUUUACGAAGUACAUUUCAUCAUUGUGAAAUAUUAUCGCAAAAUUAUUUGGUUAAUAAAUAUUCUUUCUAACAAACUUCCUUUAUAUACCAUAGAAAAAGAAAUCGAUGCUUUUCGAUGAAAAUAACUACAUUUCAUAAAUUUGUGCGGUUCUCUUUAACUUAUCACCGCUAUUUGAUUUAGUAUAGGAAACAUACAAAGGUGCCAAGAGAUUUGGCGUAUGCCUAUUUUGUAUGUGUAUACAUAUAUGUACACAAUUACUUAAAAAUUAUACAUAUUACGAUACAUACAUAAGGAUAAAAGUAAGAGCUAUAACUAUAUACAAUUAAUUCGAAGUUACAAUUAUUCCUAUAAGUAAACAUUUUAAUUCGAACUACGCAUAGGAUUACUUUUGAUCACGAUAAUUAUUCGUACCUGAUUAUUAAGAUUGCCAUCUUCAUAUAUAUAUAUAGAAAAAAUAAAAAAAAUAAAAUUCUAAUGUUCAACAGUC